UCUCGUCUUGCACAUUGCUGUUCCCCCGGUGUGUGCUUGUCGGCUUCUGCUUCCUCCUCAUCUUUUUGGGACUAUCUCCUGGUGAGAGACCGCCCAUCGCCGCAAUGAGGCCGUUUACCGCACUCUCUGCGCUGUGCGGGCUGUUCCUGUCCGCCAGCAGCUUCGUAGGCGCCGAUUCGACCACCUCCCCCUCGCGGGUGGCGCUUCCUCGCGAUUUCAAACCCCCUCAGGUGUUCAAGAACGCGAACCUCGUCCGAACCUCCAAUCUGGAAAAGGGGUAUUUGCGGGAAACCGUCAACGUGGUGGUCGAGAACGUGGACACGCAACCGCAGAGCGACUACUACCUGUCCUUCCCGUCCGACCUCUAUGACAAGGUCGGAGCUCUGGAAGUCCGGGACAAGACGGCCCCAGAGAAUGGCCGGUUUGACGUGGAAGCGACCGAGUUCAGUCCGGGCAGUGACUUCCAGUACUUUAUCGUCCACCUCCCUAAACCUCUCGCCCCCUCGUCGCAGAUCACCCUAGGAAUCUCCUACGCUGUCCUGAAUAGCCUCCGCCCGCGCCCAGCUGCCAUUAGCCAGAAUGAUCGCCAGUUCCUCGCCCACUCCUUCUCCGCCUAUGCCCCCUCCGCUUAUACGACGGUCACCCAGAAGACCAAGCUUAAGCUCCCCAGUACCAGCGUCCCGGACUACACCACCACGGACCUGACAUCGGGUCCCGAUCCGCAGCGCCAGGGCACCACCUACACGUAUGGGCCCUAUGACACGGCCAAUGUCGCCCCGGGGACCUUCUACCCAAUCAACAUCCGCUACGAGUUCACCAAGCCCGUCAUCACUGCCUCGCUGUUGGAGCGGGACCUGGAAGUGUCCCACUGGGGCGGCAAUCUGGCGACGGAAGAGCGCUACUGGCUGCGCAACAACGGCUCCAAGCUCACGGACAACUUCUCCCGCGUUGAGUGGACCAUCUCCAGCUACCAGCAGCUGCCAUCUUCCUCUAUCCGUGAGCUCAAAUACCCCCUGAAGCCCGGGUCUGUCGACCCGUACUUCACCGACGAUAUUGGCAACGUCUCGACGAGCCACUACCGCCCCGGCAAGGUCCCCAACCGUGAGGGAUCCUUGGAGAUUCGCCCCCGGUACCCCAUCUUCGGAAGCUGGAACUACAGCUUCCGCAUUGGCUGGAACAACGACCUGUCGGCUUUCCUCCGUCGCGCUGUUACGGGCGCGGACUCGUACGUGCUGAGGGUCCCCUUCAUCGAGGGCCCCAAGGUCGCCGAGGGCAUUCAGUACGAGAAGGUCGUCGUCCGCGUGGUUCUCCCUGAGGGCGCCCGGAACGUCCAGUACGAGACACUCGAGAAGUCUUCCAGCAAUGGACUUCCCAGCGCCAGCCAGAUCCAUUCCCAUAUCUCCAGCUACAAGACCUUCAUGGACACGCUGGGACGGACAACUCUGACCUUGACCGUCGAGGGCCUCACGGACGAAGCCCGUGACUCUCAGCUACUGCUCACCUACGACUACUCCCUGUGGGACAGUCUGCGCAAGCCCGUGACCAUCACGGCCGGCCUGUUGACUGUGUUUGUGGCCGCGUGGGCGGUUGGGAACAUCGAUGUGAGCAUCAAGAAGCGGUAGACGGGGUAGUUGUAUGAUAUGUUUCAGAUAUACCAGAC